AUGACGGACAACAAUUCAAGUAUUAUCCAGCUCGCAGCGGGAAAGCUUAUCGACAAGUACACGGUUGUGAAGAAGCUUGGCGAAGGCAGUUUUGGAGCUGUAUAUAAGGUGGAAGGACCGAGUGGGAAGCAGUACGCGCUCAAAGCUGAAUCUGUCAACGAGAAAAUACCAGUAAGUUACCACUGUUUUAGACCUGAUAAAAUCACGAAUUCCCUUGAGAAUGCGAGUGUAGAAGUGCCCUCCGCACGUUGA